GGGCGACCUAUGAAGAGUCUCCGCAUUUGACAUCGCUUCAGGGAACCCUUCAAGAGCUAAAUCACAACUUCAGCAAACUUUUAUCACGCUUCCUCGUUAACUUUGUAGGGGGGUCCAUUUUCAAACCAUUUCCUUUGAGGACUUUGAGGACUUUCAGCUAUCGUAUAUCGUCCCAAAAGUAAUUCCAUUACGACCACCAACUUGCUUCGAGUUAUACUAUACGUACAUCACGAGCUCCUAGACUCACAAUCAUUGAACCUCCCUUCCCAUGUAGAUUCGACCUGAUCUAGCACCUCUCCCGGUAUACUCGCGAUCGUGAUGAAUCUGCUCGGGCGACAAGCCCCGGUCAGGCUUGACCACGAAAGUGAUCAUUGCCCCACAACAUACGUUUCUGCCUGUUUCUCUAUGGGUCUGAGGAUACAAAUGAACAGUAAACAUGCGUUGAGACAAUCAAUGUGAAUGGGUACUUAAGUCGUACUCAUUGACUGCCAGUUGUUGAUUUGGCGCCUGCUACUCACCUCAAAUAUUUGUCUUUUGCAAGUCUCGAGUCCAUCUCUGUUAAAAUGGUUCGCCUCACUCCCAUUGCCAUCGCCACCGUUCUCAUCGCCUCGGCGACAGCCCAAGAGUUCAACACCUGGCCCCAACAUAACCAUGGUGGCUGGUACGACCAAACUGACGGCGACGUGACGACCUCUAGGUCACCUAAGAUCUCACCGGGGGGCGCGGCCAGAUUCUCCUUCCUCUUCAACAGAGUCGACGCUCCUUAUGUCGGCUUAUACGUCUAGUCCUCGGGAGAUUGCAUCAUCGACUAUGCUGUCAACGACAUUAAUUACGGCAGAUCGGCGACAAAAUACCCGAGGCAAUUUCACUUUCGUGCCUCUGACUGGUGCCAAUGGCGAGCCACCCAGUAAAGAGGCCGAUACGCUCUUCCUCGGCGUAACAGCUGUGAAGGAUGGCGCAACAAAGGUUACCAUCAACGAGAUCUGACCCGCCUGGGUUGGUGAUGAUAUGUUUUACCCGAAUAACACCUCGCCAUGCCCGCCUGAAACUAAGCAGGCAAGACGUUCUGCUUAGAAUGAACGGCGGUGGAACGCAAGCCAAAAUUCGCCAUCCCGCCGGUUACGGCUCGGACGUGAAGAAAGAGUACCAGAUGAGAAGGUAGUUGGCAAUAUUCACUCCAUAGGAACAGGUUGAAGGUGUGAGAAGUUCUUUGCCGUGUUACCAGUUUAUAGACUAAAUUCUUGGACGGAGCUGCGCAUACUGCUCGCUGGUUUCUGCGUGCAUUUGAUGCGGAAAACAGGAAACGGACCCGCGGCAGCUCAAAGACACAUUAAUGUAUAUCUGAGUAAAACUGAAUACCCCAGUUGCAACGUUGUUCUACUUGUUCCCC